AUGACCGCUGGUCUGCUGUCGCGUGCCUUUUGGCGGCCACAGCCGAUGCGCCCGGCGCCUGGGCGCAACCUGAGUCAACUCGCCGCGGCCAAGCCGCAACCUCUUUUCCCUUUUCGGUUCCGCUUACAGAACGGCCUCCCACGGCCAUCACGACGGACACAGACGACACAGACGACACAGACGACACAGACAGCAAAGUCGGGGCAGACCCAACAGCAGCCCCGUGAACCACGCACGGCCAAAGUCGAAGCGCUCCCGGAGGCCGAGACGCACAAGAGCCUGCCGUCGCCCGGUCCGCCCAAGGACGACCCCAUCCCGCUUCCCAGCAACGUCACACCUCUCCCGAUGUGGCAGCGCCUGGGCCCACUGACCUGGGCGGCCGACUCGUACGGGCGCGCCCAGCGGCGACGGCCCUAUGUGACGCAGCUCUGCAGCGCGCUCGUCAUUGCGCUGUGCGCCGACAUGUCUGUGCAGCGCAUGAACCGGGAGGCGCCGUACGACCCCAAGCGCACUGCGCGGUCGUUGGUGAUUGGGGCGAUCUCUGCCAUUCCGGGGUACAAGUGGUUCGUCUACCUUGCGCAAAACUUCAACUACGGGUCGCGUGCCCUCUCCCUCCUCGUCAAGGUCUCCAUCAACCAGGUCGUCUUCACGCCCAUCUUCAACACGUACUUUUUCGGCAUGCAGGCGCUGCUGGCCGGCGAGUCCCUGCAGCAGUCGUGGGAGCGCGUGCAGCAGACGGUGCCCACCAGCAUGUACAACUCGCUCAAAGUGUGGCCGGCCGUGACGGCCUUUAGCUUCACCUUUGUGCCGCUCGAGUACCGCAGCAUCUUUGCGGGCGUCUUUGCCGUCGGCUGGCAGACGUACCUCAUGUACCUGAACCGCAAGGCCGAGAACGCCCAGGGCACGGCCGGCGAGGGCGUCGCAACAACAGCCAUUGCAGCGCAGAGUGAGCCUCCGGCACAGUCGGCCAUCGGUGCGUCAGCGGUUGCAGCAUCUCUUGCGGCCAAGCCAUAG